CAACACUGGUCGAAGGAAGGUGUUUGGAAAUGUUCGAUAUUUUGUGGAAAUUCUGAGACCUGAAUGAAAAGAGCCAUGCUUUAGGGCGUUAAUAAAAGGAUUUCCCAGCACACCAGCUCCUUGGCAGCGCGUGAAAAUCGAGUCGAGUGAAAAUCGAAUCAGUUGACACAAUCCAAUUAAAUUCGAACUGCGAUUUGCAGGAGAAGAUGUGUCUAUACCACAUAUCUGUGUAUCUGUGUGCGAGGUGGCCUCUGGCUGUGUGCGUGUGGGUGUGAGUGAGUGUUAGUGUGUGUGUGUGUGGGCACACUGGAAAGAAUCAAUAAAGGAUGUGCUGCGGAUUGCUGAGCGAGAAAAAAGGACGAAAAGUGCUUGCCAGAGCGAAUUACAGUUAACUUUUGGCACGAAUAACGGUUAAACAAAGCCCAGCGAGAGAACAUUUCAAAACAAAACGAACGAGUGUGUUAAUUAGCAAAUUAGCGAGUGGGUGGCCGCAGGAUUUUCCACAGGACCCUCCUCCAUAUAUUUUGGAUUCCUGCACAUUGACAAGAUGAUGAUGAGAUACUGCCUGAUAAUUGCAUUGCAGCUGUCUCUGGCAUACUCCGUGGAGGUGCACUUCGAGGCACCGGACAGCGGUUUCUUCCUGAAGCACGCCCGCCAACCACCUGUGACGCCGGAGAUCGCCAAUGUGCAGACAUCGUCGGCGGUGCCGCCACUCCGCCAAAGAUCCUCCUACGAUUCCGUGUUAUCCCUGGACCGAUUCACCGUGGUGGAGACCACCCAGCCGGUGUCCAUACGCGCCAGCUACGGACCCUUCUCCACCAAGCAGACGGUGCCAGCCCGCUACAUUGUGCCGGACACAAUGGACAGCCAGUCGGGCGAUUACAUGAGCAAUGCCACGCUACUCGAGCUCCAGCAGCCCAACAUGCACCUGGACAUCUCGGCCCAUUUGGUGCGCUCCAGCGUCUCGCAGGAUGCCCCCGUGCUGCGUGUGCUGUUCCAUGCCGGAGCCGAUCCUGGUGGCCACUUGCAGCGCCAAAAGGUCUGCGUACUGCUGCACGUGGCCAUGGGCUCGGAGCAGCCGCUCAAGGGUCGCUGCAUGCCAGAGGGCGAGGACGGUGUGUGCGUGGCCGAGGUGGUGGUCCCACUGGGCUGGUGGCCCCAACUGCCGGCGCCCACCCAAGAUGGCAGUGGUCAGGCCGCACCCAAGGUGCCGCAGCGCUACGCCCAGGUGUCGUACAGUGUGUUCGAGCCACCGCUGCGGAAUCCCGAGCAAUGUGAGCCCAAGGUGCAGAUCCAACCGCUCACAACGUUCGCCCAGGUGCCACUGCUGGCCGCCAGGACACCAUAUCGCAUGCUGCGCGCCGACGAUGCCGUUACCUUCCUGCUGCCGCAGCACCCCCUCUAUCCGCUGUCCCGCCUCCAUGUCCCGGUCUUCCUGCAUCAGUAUCCCGACCAGCGGGUGGCCGCCUUCACGGUGCGAGCCCGCGUCAAGGCGGGCCUGAGGAUACUGGGCGCCACCGCCUCCACCGAUCAGUGGAGCGUCUCGGUGGAGAAGGAGAACCCCAAGCACACGACCGCCCGCGUGACUGCGUUCCGCAAGGAGGCGGAAUCCAGUAGCCUGGAGAGCAGCGGCGGCAACUACACCAGCGAGGUCUUCGAGGUCUUCUCCUGGCUGCUCGAGGUGGCCGAGGACACCAACGACAUUGUGGACGGCGGCAAGAUCGUGUGGUCCGUGACCCAUGUGUAUGACACGCCCAAGGACAAGGACUCCGGCGAGCUGGUGAUACCCGAUGACAACAAGAAGCGACUGAUCGCCAAGCUGGAGAUCAACAAGGACGACAUCCAGGCGGUGCUGCCGAUGGCCAAGAUCUGGGAGGUGAUGAACACGGCGGUCCUGACGGGGCGACAGGUGGCCCAGGCCAUGAAGGUGUUCAUCGUGUCGCAGGCGGGCAAGGUGGCCGAUGUGACGCUCCAGAGCUCCUGCCAUGCCGAGGAUGAGAGUGUGAUCAAGGUUUCCUCCUCCUGCAGCUCCGUUUAUGUGGACGGUUCCGAGCAGCGCGGCUCCUCCAACGCCUCCGUCAUCGUCAAGUAUGGCACCUAUGUGGGCGUGGCCAAGUUCAUCGUCUGGAUGCCCGAGUUCCCACUGGAGGUCUACAUAUCCGAUUUCCGUCUCUCACAGAUCAAGGGAUGGAAAGUAACCGAUGACAAUCACUAUCUACACAACAAGCAAUCGCGACGAAGGAAGAAGAGGUCCUACGUUUGGGGCCAGCAUGGAACCAACUACUAUAAUAAUCUGGGAGCAGACAAGACGAUUUGUCGAGCUCGCUAUCAGCAGAGUCCCGUGGAGGUGUACGCCAAAUUCCUGGCCGUGGAUCAGAACUCUGGACGCACCAGCUACUUUAUCUCGAGGCGAACAGGCCUGAGGGUGACGGAUCUGGUGCAGCCACUGCUGCGAGUGGCCGAUCCCAAGAUUGCCUCGCUCAAGGGUCGCAUCCUGCAGGGCAAGUCGAUGGGGCGCACGGAUGUGCAGGUUUUGUCACCCAUCACGGGUCGCGUUAUCGGCACCAAGGAGAUCCGCGUGGGCAGCGACAAGGUCAACCUCUCCAAGCUCAUCGUGCGCGUCAUUUCGGGGCUUCAGCUCACCAUCAGUCCGGACAACACCAUUGAGAACGGCUACCUGGCAGAGACCUCCGUCACCCACAAACUGACCGCCCAAUAUCAGGAGGGACUGCUCGACAUCGAUCUGGAAUUCUCCGAUGGCUCCAAGACGCCGUUGCGUGACAUUGCCGUGGAGGACUACUUCCUGCUGGUGGAGAGUCUGGACACCGAGGUGGUGGCCUUUGCGCCCAUGCUGGCUUCCCACCAUCCGCGCGUCAUCGCCGUGGGCGAGGGCAAUGGCAACCUGCUGCGCGUGACCCUUCUGCUGUCCGAGGAGUGUCGCCAGAGACGCGGCACCCUGAGCAGCUCCAAGCAGAACAAAUCGAAUGCAGCGCCGCUGGCCAGCGCACUGGCCUCCAUCGAGGUGGACUUCAACAAUGUGGAUAUCGUGAGCAAACAGGAGGCGAUCCAGAACGAUGGCACUGUGGGCAGGGAGAGGAAGAACUACAGGCAGACAGGCGAUCUGGCUGACAUAAUAGUGGGCAUUCCGUUGCGCGACUCUAGUCAGCUAUAUGAACCCACUGUUCAGGCGCGUCAGCAUCGUGGCAGCAUCCAGGCUGUCCACAAGGGUCAUCAUGGCAAGGGCCUCGCCGGCACUGGCAACAUGUCCUCCAUGGAACUGGGCAUGUACGUUCUGCUCACGGCCUUCUGCUUUGCCAUCAUUGUGUUUGUCAUCUCCUGCGUGGUGUACGCCUCCAAGUUCCGGCCGGCGAUGAUCGAGUCCGGCUUGGAUCCGCUGUCGGCGGGCAAGGGCAGCGGUUCGGGCGGAUCGGGUGGCUUCCGGGAUGUGCGGCUGAAGGAGUCGACCACCAAUGCCCACGAUUGGGUCUGGCUGGGACGCUCCACCAUCGAUCGCCAGUCCAUUGUGGCCGAAACGAAUACGCAUUUGAACCCACGCGAUUCUCGCAUGCGCAUCACCAGCAAUCCCAUUGUGAACUACGACAACGGACGACGAGUGAGCUCCUUUGACCAGCAGCCCAAGCUGCAGACGCACAUUGUGCCGGCCUCCAAUCUGAACAAGCAGCACGCCGACCACUAUCUGGCCAACGAACGCAAGGAUAAUAAUGCCUUGGACUACAAGCCGCCAGUGCCGCCGCACAGAAAUGUGGGUGCUCGAGCCUGCCUGCCGGUUCAGCCUCUUCCCAGUUCAGGAUCCGUAAAGGAUGCGCCCAACAAGCGUCACAGCCAGCUGUACAAACGUGAGCAUUUACAGGGCAGCGACAACAAUGCCAACCAACAGCCGCCGGCACAGCAGUUGAAUCAGCAGCAGCCACCAGAGCGUCCACAUCCGCUGGCCCAUGGACAUGCCCAUCCGCAACAGCAUCAACAUCAACAUCAGCAACAGCAACAGCAUCAGCGCAGCCACAGCCACAGUCACAAUUUCAGCCAGGAGCCACUCAUCAAGGCGGCGCACAAUAAGAUCAAACAGCAGCAGCAGCAGCAGCAGCACGAGGAGCUGCACAACGCUGAGAAGCUGGUGGAGUACACGAAUCCGCACCAGAAGAACGCCUUUCAGUUCGAUUCGCUGACACCAAAGAGAGUUACCAAAGCAGCAGCAGCCGCAACAGCAUCAGCAGCAGCAUCAGCAGCAGUCGCGUCCUCGCCGGCAACGCCGUCCACAGCAGCAGUCGUCGUCCAGGGCAAAGCUAAGGAAAACCACAGCAUGGCCAGCAGCACUGGGGAUGCGGCCAACUCGAAUGGAACGGACGAGAUCAUGCGGCUGCCACCCAGCGCCGUCAGCCAGGAGCCCACCACGAAAUCGUCGCGUGUCAAGCGCGCCACCGUGGUGGGCAAUCCCAUGUUCUCGGCCACCGUGGAUGAGUCCGUCGCCCCCGGCGAGCGGCUUGGACUGGAUGAUCUCGACAUGGACUACGAGCAGAUCAUGCACUACUUUGACAACCUAAAGGAGUCAAAUGCCUGAGUACAGGAGAUCAUUGCUAAAAUUCGCGAGAUAUUGUCCACGUUCCAUCACCGAUAUCAGACGGUUGCCACGCC